AUGCUCGGACGCACCGUUUUUGCCGCGACUCUUUUCGCGCUUGCUCAAUUCGCUGUCGCUGCGCCCCCUGCCUGUCUUCUUGCGGCCGCCAGCCAAUACAGUGACCCGGCCACCAUCAAGAUGGUAUGCCAAUCCAAGGACUUGAAGUCCAUGGUUGCCACGAUUUGUCCCAACGAUGUGGACGCUGCGGUGGCGGCGCUUGCAGAUAUCUGCAAUGGCCAGAAUACCAAUGUUGUCGCCUCCGACGUAUCUUCUGCGACCGCCCCCAUGACUACGGGCUCAUCCCCUAAGCCUACCGGCACUGGAGCCUCUACUCUGGUCCCUAUGUACCCCACUAGCUCUGGCGGCCACAGCAACGGAAACGGCACCGCUCCCAUGUCGACUGGCAGUCACAACAGCGCAAAUGGUACCACUCCCAUCGCGACUGGUACUCCCAAGCCUGUUCCCAGCGCCACUGGCCCUGCUAGUGUUCCUAGUCCCAGCGGUGCCGCUGGCAAGGUCGAUCUCGGACUCGCAGCUGUUUUCGCCGGAUUUAUGGUUGCUGCUCUGUAA